AUGUACCUAAUGAAGUGUCGUGCCGGGACUCUCUCUUUUCUUCGUCUCAACCUUUUCUCUGCAACAUCGACACAGGGGUUGGAGCUCGAAAAAAGGAUCAAUUACCCAAGCGCUUUUACACUUUGUGUGUGGCUACGGAUACUUUCAUCCCAGCAUAAAUCGUCUGGCUCAUCUGGCUGGGCCAUGUUGGAUUGUUCAACUCAAUUCCGCCUGCAGAAGGCAAACCAAGGUCCGGUUUCCAUCUCUCGUGAGGGUCAAUCAAGGUUAUCAGAGAUAAGCACCCAACAGACCACACCUAUUGCCCAAUAUGUCCCACACAUUUGUCCUCCUCCCUUGUCUACCCUAGAUCAAUUCCAUUGCCCAAAAGCAGGGCAGCAUGAGGGAAGCUGA